AUAACAAGAACUCAUUUUUUCUUUCUUUAAAUUUCCUUUGAUAUUACUGAUCAUACACCGUUCGAAAUGGCUAUGGACGAUCGAAUCAGUACUAUGCCAAAUGAAAUCCUCUUCCACAUAAUUUCUUCACUUCCAUUUGAUUCUGCAAAACAAACAAUUCUCCUCUCAAAAAGAUUCAAAUUUCUUUGGGAAACCUCCCUUGUGCAACACGGCACCUAUGAAGAUACUUCAAAUGCAAUCUCCAAAUUCCUCACCAAUUUUAACGAGCAAGAUCCGUCGAAAAACACCAGAAAACUUCUAUUUCACUUCAUCAAUGGCGGUUUUCUAGUAGCGAUCAUCGCACCUAACCACAAUCUCAUUCUUGAUUUCUCUAAUGGAAAUCAAGAAAAUUGCGUACAAUUUACGUUAAGAUUAGGGUUCAUCAAUAGCCAACCGUCUUCUACUUUUACCUUCUUGGUCAAGAAACUUCAUUUGAUAGCAAUUAGUUAUCUUACUACUGAAGUAGUUUCUUGCAUAACAAGUAAUUUUCGGUUUCUUGAAACUUUGAAGAUCACUAGCUGUAAUGGUUUGCAGUCUUUGAGUAUAGAUUCUGAUACGAAGCUUUUAAGCUUGACAAUCUUUGAUUGUUUACAGUUAGAGUUUCUUCAUAUUCGAUCUUUUAAGCUUCGAAUUUUUCGGUUUCGGGGAUUGUUACCGUCGUUGUGGCCGGAAUAUCAUUAUAAUUUGGUUGAAGCUUUUCUUGAUUUCAGACAAGGUCCUAGGAUGAUGAUUGAUCGUGAUUUUGGUUCGGUUCUUUUAACUAUUAAGAAUGUUAAAGUGCUCACCCUAUGCAAAUGGACAUUUGAGGCAUUGAUGUGUCCAUUGCUAUCUACAUUUGUUGCAGAAUUUCAGUUCUAUAAUGUAAAAGAAGUGUGGUGGAUUGAGAGUUCAUUUGAAAAAUAUGAUUGUGAUUCUUUGAUCUCUUUCCUGAAAUUAUGCCCUUCCUUAGAGCAACUAUUUGUCACUAUUGAUCCUAAAUGUUACUCCAUGGAAAAGACUACAAAAUAUUCACUAGAAGCUGGGAAGAAUACAAAACUAAAACACCUAAAAAUGGUUACAUUGGAUGGAUUUGCAAAGGAAGCAGAUGAGAUCUACUUAGCUCAAUGUUUACAACAGAUCAUCACUUGUGAGCCGUUGAUCUUUGCAUCGGCUGGCCGGAGUAAUUGGACGACGAGGCUGAAGAAGAGUACUGAAAAUGUUGUAAAUCAAAUGUGUCCUAAGCAUUUGCAUAUGAGUCUGUAAAAACUAAAAGAUAGACUUUAUAUCAAAAUAAAUGUUCAUUCAUGAAAAAAGAAAUUGGAUGCCCUUUAUACUUUUGAAAA